GGUAAUCGUUACACUGCUACAAAAUAACAGCAGUUGCUUGGUGAGCUAGCACUGUAGUAGCGACGACAAGAGAGCGACUUCCGCAAACUGCUGACCCCAGCUUCUACGCACUCCAACUCGUGCUCUUGUAGAGUUAGAGCCAUGCUGCUUUCAACUGCGUAAACACUUUUUCGGCAACUAGCAUGGGCAUUUGACUGGACUCGUUGAUCCCGAGGAGCUUUGCACGCAUGCAGUAGCGAGCCUAUCGGACCUCUGGAGACGCCAACAUGCUAGCGCUAAAGCUCUUCAAACCGGCGGAUGACAAGGUCCGCCAAGUGGAGUUCCACCCGGUCCUGCCCUGGAUCGUGUCCGCCACCAAGAGCAACCACGUGUCGGUGUGGGACUGGCGCACGCGGCAGGUGGUGUGGGAGGCCCAGUUGGGCGGCAGCGAUGAAGAGCUGUCUUCCGACGCCGAGCUAGCCCGCCUGCACCUGCGCGACGCCGCCUUCGCGCCCAACCCCUCGCUGCUGCACCCCACGCCGCACGCCGGCGGCCCGGGCGCCAAGCGCGAGCCCACGGGCGCGGUGCGGGACGUCAAGUUCCUGGACAGCGACGUGGCGCAGGUGCAAUUGAGCUGGGGGCACAGCGCGGUGGCUGGGUGCGGCUCGCCGCCGCCCCGCGCCGAGGACAUCACCGCGCUGAGGGGACACAGGCUGCUGGUGGUGGCGUGUGAGAACAAGGUGCUGGUGGUGGACCUGGCCUCGCGCCGCGUCAUCGAGCUGGGCCGCGGCGUGUUCGAGGGCCGCAGCCCCACCUGCGUGGCAUUCCUGUUCAAGGCCGGGCUGCACACAGGCGGCAGCCUGGGCGGCGCCGGGCCGGGCGUGGGCAGCCCGGUGUCGGUGGCGGCGCUGACGGCGGCGGCGGCGGGCGGCAAGGGGUCGGGUCGCGGCGGCGGCUGGCUGCUGGACAGCCCGGUGCUGGCGGUGGGGUGCUCGGACGGCAUCGUGCGCUGCCUGCAGAUCUUCCCGGUCAAGCCGGUGGUCCGGCUCAUGUCGGCGCACAAGACGGCGGUGGUGGCCAUGGCCGUCAUGGGCGUGCGCGGCCAGCGCUUCGAGACGCUGGCCGUGGGCCACCAGGGCGGAUCCGUGGCGCUCUUCGAACCCAUGGGUCGCGCCGGAGGUGGCGGCGGAGCCGGCGGCGGCGCAGCCGCCGCAGCCGCCUCCGGUGGCGACGCUCUGGGCCCCCGCGCGGACGUCAAGGCCCACGACAAGGAGCUUUUGCCGGGGAGCCUGGUGGUGGUGCCGGUGUCCGAGGACCCGGAGAACAGCCGCUGCCUGCUGUUCAGUGCGGGCGGCGACCACCGCGUGUGCGGCCUGGACAUGUCCUCUCUCAAGGAGACCACCAAGAUCAAGGUGGACCGCGCCUCGCUGACCUGCAUGGCGCACUGGCCGCGCGGCUGGGUGUGCGCGGGCGUGCACAGCCUGCUGCUGGGCACGGAGGGCGGACACGUGCUGUUGGCGCACGCGGGCAGCGGCAGUGUGCGGCUGGCGGCGGACCUGGCGGACCUGGUGCCCGCGGGCACCAAGAAGGCCCCCAAGAUAUACGGCCUGGCAGUGCACCCCACCCAGCCGCACGUGGUCGCCGCCGCCACCAACACCGGCGUCGCCGUCCUGGCGCUGGCGGCGCUGCCGCAGCCGCUGCCGGUGGUGCCGCUCCCGCUGGCCUCGCCCACACAGGCCCUGUACGACGACGGCGCAGCCGGCCUGGGCUCCGCGUUUGGCGGCGGCGGCGGCGGCGCGGGCGGCGGCAGCGGCGGCUGCACCUACGUGGCGGCGAUGGGGAGCGCGGUGCUGUGUGUGACGGCGGCCACGCUGCCGGGUGCUGAGCUGGCGGACCUGCCGGCAAACCAGGUCAUGGGCAAGCUGACGGUGGCCUCCGACGGCCCCUCCGGCCGCGCGCUGCUGAGCGCCAGCUCCGACGGCGGCUACGUGGCGGUGGCCUGGCCCGCCGCCCGCACCUACGCCGUGUACCGCCAGGGAGCCUCCGCAUGGCAGGAGGUCGCCCGCGGUAGCGGCACCGCCGUGGCCUGGCACGCCUCCCAGCCCAUCUUCGCCGCACUGGAGGAGGCACCGCCCGCCCUCGGCGCCGCCGCCGCGCCGCCCGGCAAGCCCAGCAAGGACCCCAAGAAGGCGGCGGCGGCCGCCGAGGCGGCGCGGCUGGCGGCGGAGGCGGCGGCGCGCGCCGCCGCCGCCACGGCGGCUGUGCGGAUCAAAGGGCUGGGCGGCGUGGGCGGCGCCAGCGUGGUGCCGCACGGCUUGGGUGGCGGGGGUUUGGAUUUGGGCGGCGAACUGCCGGCUUAUGUGCAGGGAGGGCCGCUGCUGGCGGUGACGCUGCGGCGGGCGGUGGCGCCGGAGGGCGCGGAGCUGGCGGGCGCUGAGGGGCCCGCCAUGGUGUGGUACGACUGGGAGGGCGGGCGGCGGCUGGGCCCCGAGCUGGCGGAGCCGCUGCUGCUGGCGUGGGACCCCUCCCGCUCCAUGGUGGCACUGGCCUACCCCAGCCAGAUACUGGUGGUCAGGGCCCGGCCCGACUUCGCAGUGGUGGCCGCCCUGCCCGUGGGCGGCGCCGAGUCGCUGGAGUGGGCCGCACGCCAGCUCUUUAUCUCCACGCCCACACACAUCCUGUGCGCGCUGCUCGCGCCCGCGCCGCCGCCGCUGCCCGACUCCGCCGCCGCCGCGGCGGCGGGCGCGCCGCCGUCGUACUCCGCCGCCGCGCCAGCGCGCCUCAUCACACUUGCUGGGCCGGGCGUGCCGGUGGCGGCGGCCGCCAUGGGCGCUGUCGUACACGAAGGUCUGGCGCCGCCGCCAAUGAUGCGGCCGGCGGGGCCGCUGGCGCUGCUGGGCCCGCGGGACGGCUGUCUGUGGGCGGUGGGGCUGCUGGGGCAGCCGCUGGCGAUGAGCCUGGCGCACCCGGGGCUGCGCUGCUGCAGCCUGGUGGCGGCGGGAGACCUGCACGGCGCGGUGCAGCUGGCCAGCCGCGCCCUGGCGCCCGAGCUGCACGACCCACUGGCGGCGCUGAUGCUGGAGAUGGACGGCCUAAGGGGCGCCGCCGCCGCCGCCACCCUGCCCGGCAUCACUCUGGCCACAGAGCUGAGGCUGCGUGCCAACCUGCGCCACUGGCAACAGGCGGUGGAGGCGGCUGAUGCGCUGAUGGCAGGCUUUGUGCGGCGGCCGCCGCCGGGGCAGUUCCGCAGCGCCGUGGCGGCGGCGGCGUUCGGCACGUUUGGAGGAGGCGGUGGAGGGGGGUAUGGUGGAGGCGGAGGCGGAGGCGGGCCGGCGCUGGGUGAUGAGUUUGUGGACCUGUCAGCUGUGGGCGGUGGCAAGCCGGCCAAUGCGCCCGCCCACCCGCAAGACCUGGACUGGACGCAGCCGCUGCGAGCCGCCUCCUCCUCCGCGCGCGCCGCCGCCACCGCCGCCGUCGCCUCCCGCCCGCUCGCCGCCGCCUACACGCCCACCUCCUCCUCCGCCGCCGCCGCCCCCACCGCAUCCUCCACCACCGCGCCCCUGAGCCCCGAGACUGUGGGGCUGGUGCUGGGGCUGUUGGAUGACCUGAUUCGUGGCGGCCAGCACGACGUGGCGAGGCACCUGGCGCGGCCGCUGCUGGGCGGCGCGGUGGCGCUGGGCGGCGAGCAGCUGCGGCGCCUGACGGCCAUCAUGGCGCAGGUGGGCAUGAAGACGGACCUGCCGGCGCUGUCGCACGCGGUGGCCUCUGGUGCUGAUAGCGCCGGCCGCGAGAGCGCGGCGCUGUUGGCGGCGCUGCUGUGUGGCCACACGGCCAUGGCGCAGGACGCGCUGAGGGACGGCGGCGCGGCGGCGCUGGCGGCGCUGCAGGCCAAGGUGUACGGCCUGUCGGGCGCCGCCGACGCGAUGGCGGCGUGGCGGCGGCAGCUGCUGGCGGCGGCGCCGCUGGGCACCGCGGCGGCGCUGGGGCGGCUGGAUGUGAGCUUACCGGCGGCUGUGUAGGGGAUGAGGACUCAAGAAGGAGGGCUUGUCUGCGGCGGUGUAGCGCAGAGGAGGGGGAGCUUGGCAGCGCCGGUGUAAGCGGAGGGGGGGGAGCUUGCCGGGUUGGGAAAGGGGUCGGGGGAGGGGUUGGGGGAAGAGGGCUGAGUGGGUGGUGGGUUGGAGGCGCGUCGUGGCGAGGUCAUGAGGGGCGCGGGCCGCUGCCUGUGACGGUGACGGUGCCGCUGCUUGCCGGUAUGUUUGUACCCACCUGCGUUAGUCGCGCUCCUCAACUCCGUUUUGGGACACACACGUGCGUGUUGAAGCAGCUCGGUUGCGAAGCACCAAGAUGUUGCCCACGCACCGCUUGUCUCAGGCUCCUGACUUGGCAAGGAGCUUGCACGCGUGUCAGAAGCGUUCCGGAAGGGGCCAAAGACUCUGGUGUCAGUGAUUUAUACAAAGGCAUAAUCUGACUUGACCCGCCAAUGAUGAGAGCGGCGUGGUGCACUACGACAUCCCUGCCCAACCCUGCACGUCAACCUUUGUAAGCACAGAUGCGGCGUCGACCCUCUCCCGGUCUCCUCGUGUGCUUGCGCUCUUCCAUAACGUGCGCGAUGGGGUCGUUGGGGGACGGGGUGGUGGCUGUUGAGCCGCUGGCAGCCGUGACUGUGGCCGGGUGCGCCGGGCCGGAGCACAUGUUAGGGCGCGGCGCCUGGAUGAGGGAAGGGGGACUCCAGGGCCCCGGAGAAGAUGGAAAGGCCGCGGCAGGGGGGGGGGGCUUUCAACGAGCUCUAUUAACAUGUAAACACGGAAAGUUCGUCGGGCGCGUCUUGACCACAGCCAUGUUGUCGACAUGUUGUGAACAUCUUGCGGCCGUUCAGUUGCACCCGUGUAAUGCACGCUUACGAGACUUACCUACGCAUGGGACAUACACAUGCGUUUUCCUCCGGCGCGCAAGCACCGGUCCGCGACUUGUGGCACGUUCUGGUCACCGAGACAUGCGCACCCCAACCCAACAUGUGUUGACGGGCGGUAGCCCUUCGUCUUCUGGUAGGCUCCUGACGUUUCCCAGCCGUUAAAAGCAUCCAUUACAUGCUUUGGGCAACGGUUUGGGCUUGCCCGGCUGUCUUAUGAGGCCCAGACGAAAGUUUCCGGCACACCGUGACGAAACCUUGGCCGCCCCAACUUUUGAGAAUGGAUCCCCCUUUUACCCAGGACUGACGACGGACCCUGAACUUUGGGGGCCCAUAUCUCCGCAAAUACUA